AUGAAGUUCACCAUUGCGUCUCUUCUCCUCGCCGCCAGCUCGGUGUUCGCCGCUCCAGCCAACGCCAAGCGCGAGAACUCGAUCUCGAUUAGCGAUUUUAGAGCCUCGGCAACCACCUAUUCCUCUGCUACUAUGCAUUUCAUGGUCAUCGACCCGAACUACCCAGAUGACACUCCCACCGACUGCAACUUGAUCUGGAGCUACGGAUCCUCGCCCAAGCAAAGCGCCCGAUGCAACAACGGUCAAUACUAUAUUCGAUUCCCCGAUGGCGCUGUCGAUUUCCACGGCUUUACCUUGGAGCUUGAGCGGGUUGAUGGCCCGAUCGCUGAGAAGGGACAGGCCUUGCUCAAGUCUGGGACUGAGUGGACUUGCGUUGAGAACCCCGAAGAUAUGGUUUUGAUUCGCUGUGGCUAUACCGAUGUGCUCACCAUGAAUGUUUAG